AUGGUGUUCACUCUUCCCUCUUUACCGUCAGGAAUACUAGGAGGCUUGAUCGACACUUCCCCUCCCGUCUUCUACCCACCUACACGAAAUACACCUACCAAACCACCUCGUACAAGAUCACGAUCUAGGUCAAGCGCACAUCAUCAGAUUGAUUCGCCUAUUCAGGCCGUACCACCUUCACCAUCCCUCACUCCGGUCAAACAGACUCAGCCAUAUCCAGGAUUGGGAAACCUCUUACCGGCCAGUGCAUCCGUAACGGAUCUGACAGGGGAUUGGGAGCCCCUACCAGGCGGUGGAUUAGGUGAAAAAAGGAGAUUAUCAAUAAGCAGUGUAGCGAGUCAUGGCUAUAGUCAUGAUUCCAGACCCAAUUCACCACCUCCUUUCAUUCCCAGGUUGAAAACUCCUACUCGACCUACACACCGACGCUGUCAUUCUGCUCUGCCCGCUUCCUCAUCAUCAUCAUCUAUCGCUUUCAGCUUACCACCUCCUACCGGUAAAUUACAAGAAUUUUCCAUAUCUCGAAACCCCCUGGCAUCUACCAGUGCAAUCAGUCUACCAACCCUUAUCGAAGGACAAGGGGAACCUUCCACUUCCCACAGAUCGGUGCCUGCGUCUCCAUCGCUCAAUCCACACAGUAGGAAACCGAGUAAAUCAAAGAUAUCGCCUAUAUCGCCUAAUCUACCUUUGGAAGAGGAAAGUAAACUCGAAGAUAAUCAGAUACCCGAACUGAAAUUUACUAAAACAUCUCUGGAGAGAUCGAAUUCGAAUUCUUCAGUUCCACCUCCUAAUCAUUCUUAUCCUUGUUCAUAUCAGUCUAUGCCUCCUCCUCCUCUACGUCCUGAUCCAAUAAAUAUCAGUUAUUCCCCCGCUUCAUCUUCCAAGAAUCGAAAAAGCAAAACCCCAAGCAGACCCAUCGCAUCACCCAGGUCAUGGUCUGUACAAGAUAUACAUUCUCUCACUGGUGGAAUACCAAGGAAAGGUUUACAUUCCAGAAGGGGCAGUAUAGAGUCAACUAGCUCGGUAUCAGAUAUAGCAGUUUUAGCUACUUGGUCAUUCCCCAAUACACCGCCUAAAAACAAUCAAAACGAGGUCGAUUCUGAUCCUCCAGAUAACAGUCGAGGUAGGAAACCCGGACCUUCAGAAAGAUUAAAAGAAAGAUUGAAGAAUAUACCUGGAAUCGAAACUGGUCCAUUCCAAUUCCCCAGUUCCGGAAGUUUACCUUCUUUACCUAAACCACUCGUUCCCCUACCACUGGGAGUAGAUGGCAUUCCAAUCAAACCUUCUCGACCACUACCAUCGCAUUUGAAGAGGGUUGGACAUAGACAUACUCAUUCUUCGCCUGACUUACUCACCAUCCCCACGUCCACAUCUACACCUACGAGACAAGCACAUGGUCAAAUGGGUCCACCAGCUAUACCUCCAACGUCAAACCCAUUAUUCCCUCCGCCCAAACCUGUCCAACGAAGACCUACUACCUCCAGACUCAGACAGCCCAACCCGCUGUCUAUGUCCACACAUCAGGGUCAACCGUCCCUCGCUGUAGGGAAAGAGUUGGGUUCUUCGCCUGGCAGUAUUGAUUCUUUAUCCGAUACGUCCACUCUAUGUGCCAGUCCCACCACGUCAGUUAAAUCGCUUCCUUCCGUAUCGGCUGAUGCGGAUAGUAUUGCAUAUACGAACAUCAGUGGGAAGGCAUGGUGGUCUUUCACUCCGUUCAAGCGGAGUAAUUCAUAUUCCAGCGAAAGAUCGGAUGAUCACAAAGAGAGAGGCCAAGAAGAGGAUGAUGAGGAUGAUAGUGUUGAAGUACUUUCAAAAUUGGUCACGAGAAAGGAAUAUGACUGGGAGCUGCAUAGUAGUAAGGUUAGGACUGGGAUGGAAGAGCAUGAAGAGGAAGAAUAUAUCGAUCUUGAUGACAUGUAA